AUGCUCCUCUCACGCACUGCUUUCCGCGCCGCCCUGCUUCACCUGAGCUUCAAUCCAGCUUUGAUCCGCGCCGCAGCCCCUACCGCCUUCACCCUGACCACACCGGCGUAUUUUGGCCAGACACCAAGCUCUCGUCUCCAUACCGUCCUGUUUCCUCAGUGCGCGCCACUCAAUAAGUUCACCGAAUCACAAACUCAAAUCCGCACAAUGGCUUCAGAGUCGAACUCCACCCCCGAGUCCGCUGCUCAGUCAAAAGGACCCAAUGAGUCCCAGCCACAAGAAGCACAACAACCUCAGGAGCGUCUCGCCCUCCCACCCAGCGACUCCUCCGGCCAAAAGCUUGACCUCAGCGAAGGCGGCUCAUCUGUUACGCUUGACCACUUGGGCCCCAUGGUCGUCAAUGUAGACGGCACACUGUCGCGAAUCAGCAACUGGGACCAGAUGGCCGAAAUUGAGCGCAAGAACACUCUUCGCGUCAUCAGUAAGCGGAACAAGCAGCGCUUGGACGCUUUGAAGGCUGCGCGGGGCGAAGAGUAG